GGCGGGCGCGGUUCCCGUUCCGGUCCCAUCGCGGGUCCCCCCGUUGUGGCACCGGGCCGGGCCCGUCCCGGGGCGGCGGCGCGGGGCUGGUCCCUCCCCGGGGGGGGCGGGGGAGGCUCCGCCGCUCCCGUUACAAGAGCCCGGCCCCGCUCCGGGCGCGGCCACUCGCCGCGAUCCCGCCGCCCCGCUCGGAUCGGCCGGGACCGGGAUCGGGACCGGGACAAACACCGGGACCCGCCGCCAGGAAUCCGGGAGCGGGAGGGGCCGGCACCGGGCAUGGCCCUGCCGGGGAGCUGAGCGCAGGCUGGGAAGGUGACGCAGGAGCUGCCACAAGGUCCACAAGCAAAGGCCGAGGGAUUCCUGGGGCGGAUCCAGCCGGGAGCAGCAUCCCAGCAAGAUGGAGAAGGAGGAGGAGAUGCGGGAGAUCCUGCUCCCCAACUGGCAGGGCAGCGGCUCCCAUGGCAUCACCAUCGACCAGACCGAUGACGGGGUCUUCAUCAAGCGGGUGCAGCAGAACUCGCCGGCCGCCAGGAUGGGCGUCGUGAGGGAAGGGGACCAGAUCGUGAGCGCCACGGUCUACUUUGACAACCUGCAGUCGGGGGAGGUGGCCCAGCUCCUCACCACCAUGGGGCACCACACGGUGGGCUUGCGCCUGCAGCGCCGAGGGGACAAGUCCCCAGGGCCGGGACAGACUUGGCCCCACGACGUGUUCAUGGGGGGCAGCAGCCCUGAGGUUGUGCUGAGUGGAGAUGAUGAGGAAUACAGGAGGAUCUACACCACGAAGAUCAAGCCGCGGCUCAAGUCGGAGGAGGUGCUGGAGGUGGAAGGUGCUGGGGUGCAGAGCAGCACCAUCACCGUCACCAAGAGGAUGACAGCCUACACCGUCGAUGUCACCCGCCACGACGGGGCCAAAGGCGUCGACGUCGUCGGAACAGACUUCAAGGUCCGCAUCCCGACCCAGGAGCUCAGCCAUGGCAUGGAAACCAACGUUGAUCCAGGGAAAGUCAUCAUGGAUGCUCCAGGCCCGGCGGCCGGACCUUGUGCCCCAAAACUGGGAAAAGCCGGGAUAACGGUGUCGGGAUCGAUGGAUGCUCCCGGUGGGGAAACUGGAAGCCCUAUUGUGGUGGAGGUGCCGGGAUACGACGGCUCCGGCUCGCUGUCGGUGGGGUCCCCGGGCGGCUCCAUCCCCAUUGGACAAACGGGAUCCCUGGAUGCGGGUUUCCACGUCAAGGGGCCCCGGCUGGAUGGGAAAGGCCCCGGUUCCAGCGUGGAUGCUCAAGGGGAGCUGCCGGGGGGGAAGCUCUCAAACGCUGCUGCUGCCCCUUGUGUGCAGGGGGGGAUCCAAGCUCCCGGUGUGGAAGUUUCCUUCCCAGCCAUGGAAAGCCCAGCUCUGGAUGUGGGAAAAAUCCAGAUUCCUGUGUUGAAAACGCCCAAAUUCGGGUUCCCGGUCUUGGGCUCCGAUGCUCCGGCACCACCGGCUCCAUUCAUGGACGUCCCCUCCUCAUCCAUCCAAGUCACAGGACCUGAAAUCCCAGCUCCCUCCGUUGAAAUCCCAGCUCCCUCCAUUGAAAUCCCAUCCCCGCAGGUGGAUGUGGGGCUGAAGGGAGCAGUGAAAGGCCCCGGUGUGGAGCUCCCAGCAGCCCAUGUGGACAUUCCCGGUGCCAAAGGGAAGCUCCGGAUGCCAACCGUGAGCCUUCCCAAAGGUGCCGCUGUGGAAGCGGCGCUCCCGACAGUGGGACCGGCGGCACCUGAGGCCGAUGUCGGCAUUCCUGACGCAGCCAUGGAAGGGGAAUGGAAAGGCCCCAAGUUCAAGAAGGUGGAAACUCCUCAGAUCUCCCUCUCGGAUGUGAACCUGCAGCUGAAAGGCCCCCACGCAAAGGGCGAUGCCGGUGUCACCGUGCCCAGGGUGGAAGGAGAAGUCAAAGGACUCGGCCCCAAGGGUCUCAAGGUGGACGUGAAGGCUCCUGGUGUUGAGUUUGAAAGCCCAGAGGGGCUCCUGAAAGGCCCUGGUGUAUCCGCACCAGAGCUGGACCUCCAUGGGAAGGGCCCUAAGCUCAAAGGAGACCUGGAUGUUGCUGUCUCAAAGCUGGGUGCUGACUUGAAAGGACCCCAGCUCGACAUCGGCGGCCCCAAGGUGGGAAUGGCCAUUCCUGAUGUCAACGUUAAAGGCCCCAAAGUCACGAUGCCGGAGGUGCACGUGAAGACCCCCCAUAUCUCCAUGCCUGACAUCGACCUGAACCUGAAAGGGCCCAAAGUGAAGGGAGACCUCGAUGUUUCUGCCCCUAAACUGGAAGGGGAGCUCAAAGCCCCUGGGCUCGACAUCAAAGGCCCCAAGGUUGACAUUGAAGCCCCAGAUGUGGACAUUCAUGGCCCUGAAGGCAAACUGAAGAUGCCCAAGCUGAAGAUGCCCAAGUUUGGGGUGAAGGGAGAGGUCCCCGAUGUGGCUGUGACCCUUCCCAAGGGCGAGGUGGACGUCUCUGGUCCCAGGGUUGACAUUGAUGUGCCCAAUGUGGACAUCAAAGGGAUAGAAGGAAAACUGAAGGGCCCCGAGGUGAAGAUGCCCGAGAUGCUCAUCACAGCCCCAAAGGUCUCGGUGCCAGACGUUGACCUGAACCUGAAGGGCCCCAAGGUGAAGGGUGGUGUGGAGGUUUCCAUCCCCACAGUAGGAGCUGAUCUGAAGGGUCCAGAACUAGAGCUCAAGGGCCCCAAGGUUGACAUUGAAGCCCCCGAUGUGGACAUUCAUGGUCCUGAAGGCAAACUGAAGAUGCCCAAGCUGAAGAUGCCCAAGUUUGGGGUGAAGGGAGAGGCCCCCGAUGUCGAUGUGAUGCUCCCAAAGGGUAAAGUGGAGAUCUCUGGCCCUGGCGUUGAUGUUGACGUGCCCAGUGUGGACAUCAAAGGGCCAGAAGGGAAACUGAAAGGCCCCAAGGUGAAGAUGCCGGACGUGAGCUUCAAGACCCCCCAGAUCUCCAUGCCUGACAUCGACCUGAACCUGAAAGGGCCCAAAGUGAAGGGAGACCUCGAUGUUUCUGCCCCUAAACUGGAAGGGGAGCUCAAAGCCCCUGGGCUUGACAUCAAAGGCCCCAAGGUUGACAUUGAAGCCCCAGAUGUGGACAUUCAUGGUCCUGAAGGCAAACUGAAGAUGCCCAAGCUGAAGAUGCCCAAGUUUGGGGUGAAGGGAGAGGUCCCCGAUGUGGCUGUGACCCUUCCCAAGGGAGAGGUGGACGUCUCUGGUCCCAGGGUUGACAUUGAUGUGCCCAAUGUGGGCAUCAAAGGGCUAGAAGGGAAAGGUCUCACACUGAAAAUGCCCGAACUGAACAUCCAGACCCCCAAACUGUCCACGCCAGAUGUAGAUCUCAGCUUGAAAGGCCCCAAAAUAGACAUGGAAGGUCCCAGAGUGGAUGUUGAGAUGCCCGAGGUGGACUUGGAAUGUCCAGAAGGGAAAAUAAAAGGCCCCAAAUUCAAGAUGCCCAAGCUCAAUAUCAAGACGCCGAAGAUCUCGAUGCCUGAUGUGGAUUUGAACUUGAAGGGGCACAAAGUGAAAGGAGAGGUGGACGUUUCUCUUCCAAAGGUAGAAGGUGACUUGAAAGAACCUGGUGUUACCAUCAAGGGGCCCAAAGUAGAUGUGGAGGUGCCAGAUGUCAACCUGGAAGGUCCAGAAGCCAAACUGAAGAUGCCCAAAAUGAAACUGCCUCAAUUCCAUGUGUCUGGUCCGAAGAUUGAGGGACCUGAUGUGGACAUCAAUGUGCCAAAAGGAGAGAUAGAAGUUUCGGGACCAGAGGUAGAUCUUGAAGGGACAGAGCUGGAUGUUGGAGGAGCAGAAGGGAAAUGGAAAGGCCCCAAGUUCAGGAUGCCGAAGCUGAAUAUCAAGACCCCCAAAAUCUCCAUGCCCGACGUAGAUUUGAACCUGAAGGGACCGAAGGUGAAAGGAGAGAUGGAUGUCGCAGCUCCGAAGCUAGAAGGUGAAUUGAAAGGUCCAGACGUAGACAUCAAGGGGCCGAAAGUCGAUGUUGAGGCACCCAACAUUGAUCUCGAGUGUCCUGAGGGGAAGCUGAAGGGCCCCAAGUUCAAGAUGCCCGAGAUGCACAUCAAGGCUCCCAAGAUCGCCAUGCCUGACGUUGACUUCAACCUGAAAGGACCCAGCAUGAAAGGGGACAUCGAAGUCUCAGCUCCCAAGCUUGAAGGUGACCUGAAGGCUCCCGACGUGGACAUCAAGGGCCCCAAAGUGCACAUUGAGGCCCCAGACGUGAACAUUCAAGGCCCAGAAGGGAAGUUCAAGAUGCCCAAGUUCAAGAUGCCCAAGUUCGGGAUGCCGGGGUUCAAAGCGGAAGGUCCAGAGGUGGACGUGAACCUGCCAAAAGGAGAUGUUGAUGUUUCUGGCCCAAAGGUAGAUAUUGAGAUGCCAAGUGUGGACAUUGAAGGUCCAGAGGGGAAGCUGAAAGGGCCCAAGUUCAAGAUGCCCGAGAUGCACAUCAAGGCUCCCAAGAUCUCCAUGCCUGACAUUGACUUGAACCUGAAAGGUCCCAAAGUGAAGGGAGAUGUGGACAUGUCACUACCCAAGGUAGAAGGUGAAUUGAAAGGCCCAGAAAUAGACAUCCAAGGUCCCAAAGUUGAUGUUGACCUUCCUGAUGUUGAACUGGAAGGUCCCGAGGGGAAGCUGAAAGGUCCUAAGUUCAAGAUGCCCGAGAUGCACAUCAAGGCUCCCAAGUUCUCCAUGCCCGAUGUUGACUUCAAUCUGAAGGGGCCCAAAGUCAAGGGUGAUGUGGAUGUGUCUGUUCCAAAGCUCGAGGGUGACCUAAAAUGUCCCGAUGUUGACAUCAAGGGCCCCAAAGUGGACAUUGAGGCCCCAGAUGUGAACAUUCAAGGCCCAGAAGGAAAGUUCAAGAUGCCCAAGUUCAAGAUGCCCAAGUUCGGGAUGCCGGGAUUCAAAGCGGAAGGUCCAGAGGUGGAUGUGAACCUGCCCACAGGAAGCCUGGAUAUUUCUGCUCCAAAGGUGGACAUUGAGGGUCCAGAUGUGGACAUUGAAGGUCCCGAGGGGAAAGUAAAAGGCCCCAAGUUCAAGAUGCCCGAGAUGCACAUCAAGGCUCCCAAGAUCUCCAUGCCUGACAUUGACCUGAACCUGAAGGGCCCCAAAGUGAAGGGAGAUGUGGACGUGUCUCUACCCAAGGUAGAAGGUGAAUUGAAAGGCCCAGAAUUGGAUAUCAAAGGUCCCAAAGUCGAUGUUGACCUUCCUGAUGUAGAGCUGGAAGGCCCCGAGGGGAAACUGAAAGGCCCCAAGUUCAAGAUGCCCGAGAUGCACAUCAAGGCUCCCAAAAUCUCCAUGCCUGAUGUUGACUUCAAUCUGAAGGGGCCCAAGCUAAAGGGAGAUGUGGAUGUGUCUGUCCCAAAGCUCGAGGGUGACCUGAAGGCUCCUGAUGUGGACAUCAAAGGCCCCAAAGUGGACAUUGAGGCCCCAGACGUGAACAUCCAUGGGCCAGAAGGAAAGUUCAAGAUGCCCAAGUUCAAGAUGCCCAAGUUCGGGAUGCCAGGAUUCAAAGCAGAAGGUCCAGAGGUGGAUGUGAACCUGCCCACAGGAAGCCUGGAUGUUUCUGCUCCAAAGGUGGACCUUGAAUGUCCAGAGGUGGACAUUGAAGGUCCGGAAGGGAAACUGAAAGGCCCCAAGUUCAAGAUGCCCGAGAUGCACAUCAAGGCUCCCAAGAUCUCCAUGCCUGACAUUGACUUGAACCUGAAGGGCCCCAAAGUGAAGGGAGAUGUGGAUGUGUCUCUUCCAAAGCUCGAAGGUGACCUGAAGGCUCCUGAUAUUGACAUCAAAGGCCCCAAAGUGGACAUUGAGGGUCCCGAUGUCAAUGUUCAUGGCCCAGAAGGAAAGUUCAAGAUGCCCAAGUUCAAGAUGCCCAAGUUCGGGAUGCCGGGACUCAAAGCGGAAGGUCCAGAGGUGGACGUGAACCUGCCAAAAGGAGAUGUUGAUGUUUCUGGCCCAAAGGUAGAUAUUGAGAUGCCAAGUGUGGACAUUGAAGGUCCAGAGGGGAAGCUGAAAGGGCCCAAGUUCAAGAUGCCCGAGAUGCACAUCAAGGCUCCCAAGAUCUCCAUGCCUGAUAUUGACUUGAACCUGAAGGGCCCCAAGGUGAAGGGUGGUGCUGAUGUUUCUGUACCACAACUUGAAGGUGAAUUGAAGGGACCUGAUGUGAAUAUUAAAGGUCCGAAGUUGGAUGUGGAUGUUCCUGAUCUUGAUAUUGAAGGUCCUGAGGGAAAAUGGAAAGGGCCCAAGAUAAAGAUGCCCGAGAUGCACGUCAAGGCUCCCAAAUUCUCAAUGCCUGAUGUGGACCUCAACUUGAAAGGUCCCAAAGUGAAGGGUGAACUGGAUGUUUCUGCUCCCAAAAUUGAGGGGGACAUCAAAGGGCCAGAUCUGGAACUUAAGGGGCCCCAAGUGGACAUAGAUGUGCCUGACCUUGAUAUUGAGUGUCCCGAGGGGAAGCUGAAGGGUCCCAAGUUCAAGAUGCCCGAGAUGCACAUUAAGGCUCCCAAGAUCUCGAUGCCGGACUUUGACCUGAACCUGAAAGGUCCCAAAGUGAAGGGGGACGUGGACGUGUCCGUGCCAAAGCUGGAGGGUGAUUUGCAAGGUCCAGAUAUUGACAUCAAAGGCCCUAAACUGGAUGUGAAUGUUCCUGACAUUGACCUCGAGUGUCCAGAAGCAAAAAUUAAAGGCCCCAAGUUCAAGAUGCCCGAGAUGCACUUCAAGACCCCCAAGAUCUCCAUGCCUGACAUCGACCUCAACCUCAAAGGUCCCAAGCUAAAGGGAGACCUGGAUGUUUCUGCCCCCAAACUGGAGGGUGACUUGAAAGGCCCCGAUGUGGAUAUCAAAGGACCCAAAGUGGACAUAGAAGCGCCUGAUGUGGAUAUUGAGGUCCCAGAGGGGAAGCUGAAGGGUCCCAAGUUCAAGAUGCCAGAGAUGCAUUUCAAAGCCCCCAAGAUUUCAAUGCCAGACUUUGACCUGAACCUGAAAGGUCCCAGAGUGAAGGGGGACGUGGACGUGUCUGUGCCAAAGCUGGAGGGUGAUUUGAAAGGUCCCGACGUGGACAUCAAAGGCCCUAAACUGGACGUUGACCUUCCUGAUGUUGAACUGCAAGGUCCUGAAGGGAAACUGAAAGGCCCCAAGUUCAAGAUGCCCGAGAUGCACAUCAAGACUCCCAAGAUCUCCAUGCCUGACAUUGACCUGAACCUGAAAGGCCCCAAAGUGAAGGGAGAUGUGGACAUGUCUCUACCCAAGGUCGAGGGUGACUUGAAAGGUCCAGAACUGGAUGUCAAAGGUCCCAAAGUCAAUGUUGACCUUCCUGAUGUUGAACUAGAAUGUCCCGAGGGGAAGCUGAAAGGUCCCAAGUUCAAGAUGCCAGAGAUGCACAUCAAGGCACCCAAGAUCUCCAUGCCUGAUGUUGACUUCAACCUGAAGGGGCCCAAGAUAAAGGGAGACGUGGAUGUGUCUGUUCCAAAGCUCGAGGGUGACCUAAAAUGUCCCGAUGUUGACAUCAAGGGUCCCAAAGUCGAUGUUGACCUCCCUGAUGUAGAGCUGGAAGGCCCAGAGGGGAAGCUGAAGGGCCCCAAGUUCAAGAUGCCCGAGAUGCACAUCAAGGCACCCAAGAUCUCCAUGCCUGAUGUUGACUUCAAUCUGAAGGGGCCCAAGCUAAAGGGAGAUGUGGAUGUGUCUGUUCCAAAGCUCGAGGGUGACCUGAAGGCUCCUGAUGUGGACAUCAAGGGCCCCAAAGUGGACAUUGAGGCCCCAGAUGUGAACAUUCAAGGGCCAGAAGGAAAGUUCAAGAUGCCCAAGUUCAAGAUGCCCAAGUUCGGGAUGCCGGGGUUCAAAGCGGAAGGUCCAGAGGUUGACGUGAACCUCCCAAAGGGAGAUAUUGAUGUUUCUGGCCCAAAGGUGGAUGUUGAGAUGCCAAGUGUGGACAUUGAAUGUCCAGAGGGGAAGCUGAAGGGCCCCAAGUUCAAGAUGCCCGAGAUGCACAUCAAGGCUCCCAAGAUCUCCAUGCCUGACAUUGACUUGAACCUGAAAGGUCCCAAAGUGAAGGGAGAUGUGGACGUGUCUCUACCCAAGGUCGAGGGUGAAUUGAAAGGCCCAGAAAUAGACAUCCAAGGUCCCAAAGUCGAUGUUGACCUUCCCGAUGUAGAGCUGGAAGGUCCUGAGGGGAAGCUGAAAGGCCCCAAGUUCAAGAUGCCCGAGAUGCACAUCAAGGCACCGAAAUUCUCCAUGCCCGAUGUUGACUUCAAUCUGAAGGGGCCCAAGCUAAAGGGAGAUGUGGAUGUGUCUGUUCCAAAGCUCGAGGGUGACCUGAAGGCUCCUGAUGUGGACAUCAAGGGCCCCAAAGUGGACAUUGAGGCCCCAGACGUGAACAUUCAAGGGCCAGAAGGAAAGUUCAAGAUGCCCAAGUUCAAGAUGCCCAAGUUCGGGAUGCCGGGUUUCAAAGCAGAAGGUCCAGAGGUUGACAUGAACCUGCCCACAGGAAGCCUGGAUGUUUCUGCUCCAAAGGUGGACCUUGAAGGUCCAGAGGUGGACAUUGAGUGUCCUGAGGUGAAGCUGAAGGGCCCCAAGUUCAAGAUGCCCGAGAUGCACAUCAAGGCUCCCAAGAUCUCCAUGCCUGACAUUGACUUGAAUCUGAAGGGCCCCAAAGUGAAGGGAGAUGUGGACGUGUCACUACCCAAGUUGGAAGGUGACUUAAAGGGCCCUGAAAUAGAUAUCCAAGCUCCCAAAGUCGAUGUUGACCUUCCUGAUGUUGAACUGGAAGGUCCCGAGGGGAAGGUGAAGGGCCCCAAGUUCAAGAUGCCCGAGAUGCACAUCAAGGCUCCCAAAAUCUCCAUGCCUGAUGUUGACUUCAAUCUGAAGGGUCCCAAGCUAAAGGGAGAUGUGGAUGUGUCUGUCCCAAAGCUCGAGGGUGACCUGAAGGCUCCUGAUGUGGACAUCAAAGGCCCCAAAGUGGACAUUGAGGCCCCAGACGUGAACAUUCAAGGGCCAGAAGGAAAGUUCAAGAUGCCCAAGUUUAAGAUGCCCAAGUUCGGGAUGCCGGGAUUCAAAGCGGAAGGUCCAGAGGUGGAUGUGAACCUGCCCACAGGAAGCCUGGAUGUUUCUGCUCCAAAGGUGGACAUUGAAGGUCCAGAGUUGGACAUUGAAGGCCCUGAGGGGAAGCUGAAGGGCCCCAAGUUCAAGAUGCCCGAGAUGCACAUCAAGGCUCCCAAGAUCUCCAUGCCUGAUGUGGACUUCAAUCUGAAGGGCCCUAAGCUGAAGGGAGAUGUGGACGUGUCUCUACCCAAGGUAGAAGGUGAAUUGAAAGGUCCAGAACUGGAUAUCAGUGGUCCCAAAGUCAAUGUUGACCUUCCUGAUGUUGAACUGGAAGGCCCAGAGGGGAAGUUGAAAGGCCCAAAGUUCAAGAUGCCCGAGAUGCACAUCAAGGCUCCCAAGUUCUCCAUGCCCGACGUUGACUUCAACCUCAAGGGGCCCAAAGUUAAGGGGGAUGUGGACGUGUCUCUCCCAAAGCUCGAGGGUGACCUGAAGGCUCCUGAUGUGGACAUCAAGGGCCCCAAAGUGGACAUUGAGGCCCCAGACGUGGACAUUCAUGGCCCUGAAGGUAAAAUCAAGAUGCCCAAGUUCAAGAUGCCCAAGUUUGGGUUGUCUGGGUUGAAAGGAGAAGGCCCAGAUCUUGAUGUCAACCUUCCUGAGGCCGAUGUUGCUAUUUCGGGUCCCAAGGUUGAUGUUUCUGUUCCUGACCUGGACAUUGAAGGGCCAGAAGGGAAAUUGAAGGGCCCUAAAUUGAAGAAGCCUGAGAUUGGCUUCAAUGUUCCCAAAAUCUCCAUGCCCGACAUUGACUUACAUCUGAAAGGUCCCAAAGUGAAAGGGGACAUUGAUCCUUCUAUUCCCAAAGUAGAAGCUGAGCUGAAGAGUCCCAAGCUGGACAUCAAAGGGCCAGAGGUUGAGGUUGAGGGACCAAAGCUUGAUCUUGAAGGAAAAGGGAAAAAAUCCAGGUUUAAACUCCCCAAAUUUGGCUUUUCUGGCCCCAAAGUGCAAAGCCCUGAGGUGGACCUGAAAGUGAAGAAACCUGAGGUUGAGCUAUCCGGCCCAAAAGUUGAUGUUGCUGCUCCAGAGGUGGAUAUUCAGGCAAAAUCAAAGGGCUCCAAGUUCAAAAUGCCUUUUCUGACCAUUUCCUCACCCAAAGUCUCGAUGCCAGAUGUGGAGCUCAACCUAAAAGGGCAUAAAGUGAAAGGAGACUUGGAUGUUUCCAGCCCCAAGUUGGAAGGGGAACUGAAAGGGCCCGAUUUGGACAUCAAAGGCCCCAAAGUCAACAUCGAGGCACCUGAUGUGGAUGUUCAUGGACCAGAGGGAAAACUCAAGAUGCCCAAGUUCAAGAUGCCCAAGUUUGGGGUGUCAGGGUUUAAAGCAGAGGGGCCGGAGGUGGACCUCAGCAUUCCCAAAGCAGAGCUGGAUGUUUCGGGUCCCAAGCUGGAUAUCGAAGGUGCUGGCUUGGAGAUAGAAGGUCCAGAGGGGAAGCUGAAGGGCCCCCACUUGAAGAUGCCAGAAGUGAACAUCAAAGCACCCAAGAUCUCCAUGCCUGACAUUGACCUGAACCUGAAAGGUCCCAAAGUGAAGGGAGAUGUGGAUGUGUCUCUUCCUCAAGUGGAUCUGAAAGGCUCAGAUGUGACUGUGAAAGGACCCAAAGUGGAUGUCGAGGUUCCUGACCUUGACAUUGAAGGUCCCAAAGGCAAAUUGAAAGGCCCCAAGUUUAAAAUGCCUGAAAUGAACAUCAAAGGUCCCCAUAUUUCCAUGCCAGAUUUGGACUUGAAUUUGAAAGGCCCCAAGUCCAAAGGGGGGGUAGACAUCGACCUUUCCGUGCCAAAAGUGGAAGGGGACUUGAGUGUUCCAGACGUUAACAUCCAGGGACCAAAGGUUGACAUUGAUGCUCCCGAGCUGGAUGUUGAAGGAAAACUGAAAGGUCCCAAGUUCAAGAUGCCCGAGAUGCACAUCAAGGCUCCCAAAAUCUCCAUGCCUGACGCCAGCUUCAACCUCAAAGGUCCAAGCCUGAAAGGAGACAUAGAUAUUUCUGCUCCAAAGCUCGAGGGUGACCUGAAGGCUCCUGACAUCAGUAUUGGGGGCCCCAAGGUCGACAUUGAGGUGCCAGAUGUGGACAUUCAAGGCCCAGAAGGAAAGUUCAAGAUGCCCAAGUUCAAGAUGCCCAAGUUCGGGAUGCCGGGAUUCAAAGCAGAAGGUCCAGAGGUGGAUGUGAACCUGCCCACGGGAAGCCUGGAUGUUUCUGCUCCAAAGGUGGACAUUGAAGGUCCAGAGUUGGACAUUGAAGGUCCUGAGGGGAAACUGAAAGGCCCCAAGUUCAAGAUGCCCGAGAUGCACAUUAAGGCUCCCAAGAUCUCCAUGCCUGACAUUGACUUGAACCUGAAGGGCCCCAAAGUGAAGGGAGAUGUGGAUGUGUCUCUCCCCAAGGUAGAAGGUGAAUUGAAAGGUCCGGAACUGGAUAUCAAAGGACCCAAAGUGGACAUAGAUGUUCCUGAUGUGGACAUUGAAGGACCAGAAGGAAAACUGAAAGGCCCCAAACUGAAGAUGCCUGAGAUGCAUUUUAAGGCCCCCAAGAUCUCGAUGCCAGACUUUGACCUGAACCUGAAAGGCCCAAAAGUGAAGGGGAAUGUGGAUGUGUCUGUGCCGUGUGUGGAAGGUGACCUGAAAGGCCCCAAAGUGGAUGUUAAAGGUCCUGAGCUGGACAUUGGUGCCCCAGAUGUUCAAAUAGAGGGCCCAGAAGGGAAAUUGAAGGGUCCCAAGUUCAAGAUGCCCGAGAUGCAUUUCAAAGCCCCCAAGAUCUCAAUGCCGGACUUUGACCUGAACCUGAAAGGUCCCAAAGUGAAGGGGGAUGUGGACGUGUCUGUGCCAAAGCUGGAAGGUGAUUUGAAAGGUCCAGAUAUUGACAUCAAAGGCCCUAAACUGGACGUUGACCUUCCUGAUGUUGAGCUGGAAGGUCCAGAGGGGAAGCUGAAGGGCCCCAAGUUCAAGAUGCCUGAGAUGCACAUCAAGGCUCCCAAGAUCUCCAUGCCUGACAUUGACCUGAACCUGAAGGGCCCCAAAGUGAAGGGAGAUGUGGACGUGUCUCUUCCCAAGGUAGAAGGUGAAUUGAAAGGUCCAGAACUGGAUAUCAGUGGUCCCAAAGUCAAUGUUGACCUUCCUGAUGUUGAACUGGAAGGUCCCGAGGGGAAGCUGAAAGGCCCCAAGUUCAAGAUGCCCGAGAUGCACAUCAAGGCACCCAAGAUCUCCAUGCCUGAUGUUGACUUCAACCUGAAGGGGCCCAAGCUAAAGGGAGAUGUGGACGUUUCACUUCCCAAGCUUGAAGGUGAAUUGAAAGGCCCAGAAAUAGACAUCCAAGGUCCCAAAGUCGAUGUUGACCUUCCCGAUGUAGAGCUGGAAGGUCCUGAGGGGAAGCUGAAGGGCCCCAAGUUCAAGAUGCCCGAGAUGCACAUCAAGGCUCCCAAGUUCUCCAUGCCCGAUGUUGACUUCAAUCUGAAGGGGCCCAAGCUAAAGGGAGAUGUGGAUGUGUCUGUCCCAAAGCUCGAGGGUGACCUGAAUGCUCCUGAUGUAGACAUCAAAGGCCCCAAAGUGGACAUUGAGGCCCCAGACGUGAACAUUCAAGGCCCAGAAGGAAAGUUCAAGAUGCCCAAGUUCAAGAUGCCCAAGUUCGGGAUGCCGGGAUUCAAAGCGGAAGGUCCAGAGGUGGAUGUGAACCUGCCCACAGGAAGCCUGGAUGUUUCUGCUCCAAAGGUGGACAUUGAAGGUCCAGAGGUGGACAUUGAAGGUCCUGAGGGGAAACUGAAAGGCCCCAAGUUCAAGAUGCCUGAGAUGCACAUCAAGGCUCCCAAGAUCUCCAUGCCUGACAUUGACUUGAACCUGAAGGGCCCCAAAGUGAAAGGAGAUGUGGACGUGUCUGUGCCAGGAGUCGAGUGUGAACUGAAGGGUCCAGAGGUCAACAUCGGGGGCCCUAAAUUAGACAUCGAUGCCCCCAGUGUUGAUGUUGAAGGUCCAGAGGGGAAAUUCAAGCUGCCCAAGUUCAAGAUGCCCAAGUUCUCCAUGCCAGGCUUCAAAGGGGAGGGAGUGGAUGUGGAUGUGAACCUCCCCAAGGGAGACCUUGACCUCUCAGGCCCCAGCUUGGAUGUGGAGGCUCCUGAUGUCAGUGUGGAUGGAAAAGUCAAAGGUCCCAAAUUUUCCAUGCCCGAAAUGCACAUUAAGGCUCCCAAGGUCUCCCUCCCUGACGUUGACUUCAACAUCAAAGGCCCCCAGCUGAAGGGAGGGGUGGAUGUCUCUGGCCCCAGGCUUGAAGGUGAUUUGAAAGCCCCCCAGAUCGAUGUGAAAGCCCCCAAAAUCGACGUUGAGGUUCCUGAUGUGGCCAUUGAAGGUCCCGAGGGGAAGCUGAAGGGACCCAAGUUCAAGAUGCCUGAGAUGCACAUCAAGGCCCCCAAGUUCUCCAUGCCCGACGUUGACUUCAACCUGAAGGGCCCCAAAGUGAAGGGAGAUGUGGAUGUCUCUGCUCCAAAGCUGGAGGGGGAUUUGCAGUGUCCAGAAGUUGACAUCAAAGGCCCCAAGUUGGACAUUGAGGCACCUGAUGUGAACAUUGAGGGGCCGGAUGGGAAACUGAAAGGCCCCAAGUUCAAGAUGCCCGAGAUGCACAUCAAGGCUCCCCAUAUCUCCAUUCCUGACAUCGACCUCAACCUGAAAGGCCCAAAGCUUGAGGGCGGUCUGAAGGGACCUGAGAUCGACAUCAAGGGCCCCAGAGUAAAUAUUGAGGGUCCGGAGGUCAACGGGGAUGGCCUGGAGGGCAAAAUGAAGCUGCCAAAACUGAAGCUGCCCAAGUUUGGCCUGAAAGGAGAAGGUCCUGAUGUAGAUGUGAACCUGCCAAAGGCAGAGGUAGAUCUCUCAGGCCCCAAGGUUGAUAUCAGUGUCCCGGAUGUGAGCAUCGAAGGUCCAGAGGGCAAAGUGAAAGGCCCUAAACUGAAGAUGCCCGAAGUGCAUGUGAACGUUCCCAAGAUCUCGAUGCCGGAGAUCGAUUUGAACUUGAAAGGCCACAAGACCAAGGGAGGCUUCGACAUCUCCACCCCAAAGCUCGAAGGGAACCUGAAAGGUCCCGACAUUGACAUCAAAGGCCCAGAGCUUGGGAUCAAAGGCCCUGAGGUUGAUGUUGAGUGUCCUGACCUGAGCAUUGAAGGCCUGGAGGCAAAUGUGAAGGUCCCCAAGUUGAAGAAGUCAAAGUUUGGGUUCGGGAUGAAGAGCCCAAAGGCAGAAGUCAAGGGCCCAGGGGCCGAUGUGGAUCUACCCGAGGCAGAGCUGAACGUGGAGGCACCGGACAUCAACCUCGCAGGCAAGGGCAAGAAGAGCAAGUUCAAGAUGCCCAAACUUCACAUGAGCGGCCCUAAAGUCAAAGGCAAGAAGGGGGGGUUCGACGUCAACGCGGCCGGGGGAGACCUCGACUUGGAUGUGACCGCAUCCGGACUGGAUGCAGCAGCCAAAGGGGAGGUUACGGUGAAGUCCCCCAAAGGGAAGAAGCCGAUGUUUGGGAAAAUCUCCUUCCCCGAUGUGGAGUUUGACCUGAAAUCGCAUCGGUUCCGAGGAGACGCUUCCAUGGCAGCCCCCAAGAUCGAGGGGGAGCUCAAAGGGCCGGAGCUGGACGUGGCUGUGCCAGCGUUCAAAGGGGACCUGAAAGGUCCAAGUCUCAACAUGGACCUUGAAGCUCCUGAUGUGAACGUGAAGAAGCCCAAAUUCAACCUUCCCAGUGGGCAGAUGGGAGCGGGGGGGUUGAAAAUGGAAGGAGCCUCCAUUGACGUUGCGGUUCCCUCGGUGUCGGUGCCAGACGUCGACUUCAAUGUGAAAGGACCAAAGGGUGAGGUCAAUGUUCCUGGAGCAGAACUGGAAGGUCCCGAAGGGAAACUGAAGUUGCCCAAGGUGGGGAAAAUGGGUCUUGAUCUGGGAAUGCCGGAUGUGAACCUGGAUCUGUCUGUCCCAGCAAUGGAAGGAAGCGUGAGCCUCCCUUCGGCUGAUGCCAGCCUCCGAGGGGUGGAUGUGAAGCUCCAAGGGCCCCAAAUCUCCGGCCCCGAGUUUGAUGCAAACCUGAAAGGACCAAAGCUAAAGGGAGAUGUGGACGCUUCGAGUUCCCUGGAAGGGCCCAAGGUCAGCCUGGAUGCGCCGGGAAUUGACCUGGGAGGUUUGGGAGGGAAACUGAAGCUGCCCAAGUUCAAGUCCCCAACGAUGGAGGGACCGGACCUGAAGGGAGGCAUUGAGUGCUCCAUGGAGGCAAAAGCCCCGGGGGCAAAUCUCAACCUGGGCACCGCAGGCAUCGAUAUCAGAGGGCCCUCAGUGGAUGUUUCAGCCCCAGAUCUGGAUGUGAACCUGAAAGGACCAAAGUUGAAAGGAGACUUGGACGUCCAAUGCCCCAAAGCAUCGGUGGACGUGUCUGACGCCGGCUUCGAGAUCCUGGGUGGCACCAUCAAGCUCCCAUCCCUCAAACUCCCCCAGUUUGGGCUUUCCAGCCCCGGUGUGGAUGGAGCCGAUGUUGGCAUCAACCUUGAAGGUCCCCAGGUGAAAGGAGGCCUGAAGGGCUCCGGCGUUGGGCUGGAAGGACCCAACGUGGAAGUGAAAGGGCCUCACAUUUCCCUGCCAGAUGCUGACCUGAAGCUGAAAGGACCAAACCUGGAUGUCACCGGUGAGAUCAGAGCUCCAAAAGUCAGCGUGGAAGCACCUCAUGUGGGUAUCAAGGAGCCCAGCGCUGGCAUCCACGUGGAUGCUCCGGCCAUGGAUGCGUCUGCCCUGAAAGGAUCCGGGUCUGGGUUGAACGUCAACGUGAAAGGGCCAAAGCUCCACAUCAGCGGCUCAAAGGGAGGUCCCGGGGUCAGCGCAGGUGCCCCAGAGCCCAGUGUUGGCAAAGUUUCCUUCCCCAAGCUGCGGAUGCCCAAGUUUGUGUUUUCUGACCCGGAGGUGAAGGGCAGGGAGAUGGGGGUGGACGUGGAGUUCCCCGAUGCCCACAUCCAGGCCGGCGCCACGGAGCUGGAGCUGGAAGACGCCGACGUCCGCCUGAAGAAAUCCAAGCUCAAGAUGCCCAAGUUCAACUUCUCCAAGCAGAAAGGGAAGAGCAGCGGGGCCCUGGGCUCCCCAGAGGCAUCGGGAUCCAGAGGGGACCUGAAGAGCUCCAAGGGCAGUCUGGGCUCAGCAGAAGGGGAGCUGGAUGGGGCCGAGGCGCCGUCGGCCAAGGCCAAGUUCUCCUUGUUCAAGAGCAGGAAGACGCGGCACCGAUCGUCGUCAUUCAGCGAUGAGCGCUCGGCCCAUUCCCCGCCAUUGGGAGCGCUGGAGCUGGACGCCGGUGACAAAGGCAAAGCGGGCAGGAUGAAAUUCGGGACGUUCGGGGGCAUCGGCUCCAAAACCAAAGGCUCCUAUGAGGUGACCGGCAGCGACGAGGAGCUGCCCAAGGCGCCCGGCGUCGCCAAGAAGUCACGGUUGUCAUCGUCCUCCAGCACCGACAGCGCGACCAAGGCUGGCUUCCGCAUGCCCGGUGUGGAGCUGACGGUGGCCAAGAGGAAGGAGCAGCCGGGCUGCACGUAGGGGCCGUUGUAUAUAGGGAGCCCCAUAUGGGUCUGUAGAUACGUUUUGUAGCUCGGGCUCCCCAUCCUUCUGUAACCCCAUAUCCCAACCCUACAAAGAGCCAAGCGGGAGCUUC